CUGCAAUGGGAGAAGUAAGGGCGAUGUACCGGGUUAUGAUGAGGACUGCUCAACAGUUUAGUGACUCAGCAUACAGGAAUUACGCUUUACGGCGGAUAAGGCACGAGUUUCGGACAUGUCAGGAGUUUGACAGUAAACGAGCUACUGAUAAUCUUAACAUGCUCGUUAGACAGAUAACAAUAAGCAAACUGUACAGUAUGCCAGUGGAUGUCUUGCACAAGAAAACGUGAAACGACAAUAUGUUUUAGCGGAGUUGUGGAUGACUAAAUGUUUCAUCAUGUCAUCAGCUGGGUAUUGUGAACUAUAGCACUGUCACGUGAC